AUGGAAAAAAUAAAUUUGCCUAACGACGGCCAAGUUGAGAUUGACAUCUCUACGGAUUUGCUGAUAACAAACAGUGGAGAAGAUCCUAUUCAAACUAUUGCAAAAGAGGUUUAUGGACAAUCUUUUCGGACGUCAACAGAUAAGGAUUUGUAUAGACAACGAGCCAUUCUGACUCCCACAAAUGAUGAAGUGGAUAAGAUAAAUGAUUACAUGCUUUCUCAGUUGCCAGAAAAUGAUUUAGAUGUAAUGCUUUCAAGUGAAGAGAAGGUUUACCUUAGCUCUGACAGCAUUAUUCCAUCUGAUGUUGACAUAGAAGAAAAUGUGGUAUAUCCUACAGAGUUUUUGAACAGUGUUAAAGUCGCUAGACUGCCUAGACACUGUUUAAAGCUUGGUGCUCCUAUCAUGUGUCUUCGUAACAUGGAUGUUAUGGAUGGCUUAUGCAAUGAUAGAAGGGAACUUACGAAAGACGGGUUGUAG